AUGUCCCCCAACCCAAUAUAUACAUACACACUUAUACAAAAGCAGAUCGAUCACCUUCACUGCAUUUUCCUCCUCACACUUGGUAUACUAGCCAGUCAAGAAUAUAGCUGGAUGAAGCGUUCCAAUCCAGCAGACGACGAGGAAGAGAUGGCGGAGAUGGUGCAGCCGCCUCCUCCAGCAGGGGACAAGAUCGUCGACGAUCCGGCCGAGCGGUCGUCGUCGUCACAUCCGGGAAAGCCAGUUUGCUGGAAGGCAACCACGAGCGGCGGUGUCGGAGUGGUCGUCGGCACCCUUUUGCUCCUUGUUUUGCUCGUCCGAACCGAAUGGAACCAGCUAGACAUUGAUUACUAUUCGUCUCUCCUGGGAACCGGCGGCGGCAGGGUCAGUCGGCAUGGACGCGCUCCUUCGCGCACCCGCUCAUCCACUGCGCCCCUUAUACCCAUACCAUUCAGCUGUGGUAACAAUGAGACUGCAGGCCCGGAUCUGUGCCGCCGCAGCGCACCAUCAGCUCCAGCACCGUCACCGUCGUCAUCAUCCUCAUCACAGCCGCCGCCGUUGUGCCCGGACUACUUUCGGCACAUCCACACGGACCUCGAGCCGUGGCGCAAAACAGGAAUCGAGCAGCAACUGGUGCUGCGCUCCCGGCGCUGGGCGAUGUUCCGACUGGUGGUGGUGUCCGGGCGCGCCUACGUACAUAAGUACCGCCGCCCGUCGUACCAGACGCGAGACAUCUUCACCGAGUGGGGCAUCUUGCAGCUGCUCGCGCGCUACCCCGGCCGCGUCCCGGAUGUCGAUAUGAUGUUCGCCACGGGCGACGUGAUCGAGGUGCGCGCCGCCAACUACCAGAACAAUCCCGCCUCCGCGCCGCCGCUGUUCCGCUACUGCAAGGACGUGACGCAGGAGGUGGCCAUCCUCUGGCCGGAUUGGUCCUUCUGGGGAUGGCCAGAGAUCAAUGUCCGUCCAUGGGCGCCGCUCAUGGAGGGCUUCGUCCGGGAGAACGAGCGCCUGCCGUGGGCGGACAGGGAGCCCUACGCGUUCUGGAAGGGCAACACCGUGGGGCUUCCGGUGCGCCAAGACCUGUACAAGUGCAACAACGACUCGGCCACCGGGAAGGAGUGGAACGCGCGGCUAUUCAAGCAUCACUGGAGCAGUGUGAAGGGCGUUACCGAGAAGGAGAAGAAGGAGACGAGCAUCCUGGACCAGUGCCGGUACAGGUACAAGAUCUAUGUGGCAGGGCGGGCCUGGUCGGUGAGUGAGAAGUACAUCCUCGCGUGCAACUCGCCCAUGUUGACACUCCAGACCAACUACCAGGACUUCUUCUCGCGGGGGCUCGUCGCAGGCAAGCACUACUGGCCCAUCGACAAUGCCAGAAAGUGCCCUGCCAUCAAGUCCGCCGUCGACUGGGGCAACGCCCACCCGGAGGAGGCACAGCGCAUGGGACGGGAAGGCAGCGGCUUCGCCAAGACGGAGAUGGACAUGGACCACGUGUACGAGUACAUGUUGCACGUGUUAACGGAGUAUGCUGCGCUGCUCCGGUAUAAGCCCUAUGUGCCAAAGGGGGCCGUGGAGAUCUGCCCCGAGUCCAUGGCGUGCCCUAGGACCGACCGCGAGAGGGAGUUCAUGAUGGAGUCCAGAGAGAAGUACGUAUCUGCCCAAGAGCCGUGCACGCUGCCGCCGCCGUUCACCGAGGAUGAGCUUCGGGAGAUGAACGUCAGGGAAGAGGACGUGCGAAGCAAAUUAAUCCAAAUGGAAGGACACUAG